AUGCCACCACCGUGGCCACCGGCAUCCGACGAUCAAGUCAGCCACCAGGUGCUAGCAGAUUCGGAUAAAGAUCCAGCAUCAGGCAACGCUAUGGGCUACGUUCACGUUGGCGAGGUGCCGAUCAAGGCGCCAAUGCCUGCUCCUGUAGCUGUUCCUGUAGCUGCACCCGUGGUCGUGGCUUCGGCUGCAGCUCCAGUACCCGUGCCUGUUGCUACAAUGCCGGUUCGCGCGCCAGUUGCUCAUGAGACGCGGUUCGCAAUGCUCCUCGAGAAAUUCCGGGACUGCGAGAUCAGGGAUGGAAAAGGGGCAAUGCAAGACAUCGCCUUGGCCAAGUUCUUUGAGGCAUGCGAGCUCUACAGAGACAUGCUGUCCAAGCUUGGCCGAGCGGCAAGUGUUGUUGUGGGCGACAUUGAGCACAAUCUCAGCAAAUCCAAAGCGGUUUUUCUGGAAGCUCCAGAGGAGCGAAAGACUGUAACCGCCUAUUUGCAGCUGCCAGCGUCCCACGUAGGCAUUGAAAAGCUGACAUGGUUGUGCAGGGGUGUGCAGUUCUUCUUGACCAUGAUCAAGAACAUCUUCGGACCAGAUACGGGUGGCAAUCCUGCUGUGGAGGCAUACCAGGAGACCCUCAUGCAGUAUCAUGGCUGGAUGCUUCAACAGACGGUGAAGCUGGGCAUGCGCGCGAUGCCGUCGAAGGAUGGCAUCGUGCAGUCGGAGGGGCUGGUGCUGGCAGGUGAUGCGUCACCCGAGCAGAGGAAAAAGUUCUGCGAGCGCGAUGCCCCAGCAGCCUCCACAGCAGGUCUGGAAGUGGUGGAAUGGAUCAUUGAGCUGAUGAAGAAGGAAGGAAAGUGGGAUGCCAAAAAAGCUUGA